AUGGGGCGCUCUCCGUGCUGCGAGAAGGCCCACACCAACAAGGGCGCGUGGACGAAGGAGGAGGACCAACGCCUCAUUGCAUAUAUCAGGGCCCACGGCGAGGGCAGUUGGAGAUCUCUCCCCAAAACCGCAGGUGGAGCUUCUUCUUCUUCUUCCUCUUCUUCUCCUUCUGCGCCACCGGAUGGGCUCUCCGACCCCAUCAAUUUCGCCCGCGUCCUCGCUCUCACAGGGCUGCUCCGGUGCGGGAAGAGCUGCCGGCUCCGGUGGAUAAACUACCUCCGGCCGGACCUCAAGCGGGGGAACUUCACCGAGGAAGAGGACGACCUCAUCAUCAAGCUCCACGAAAUGCUGGGAAACAAGUGGGUGGAGCUUUUCCUCAGCCAUUUCCUCGAACAGAUUCGGCGCGCUUUCCACUGUCUAAUCCUCUGCGAUAUCUUCUUCUUCUCCUCUUUGACUGUGGCUGCUCAGGUGGUCUCUGAUCGCCGGACGCCUGCCGGGGAGGACCGACAAUGAGAUAAAGAACUACUGGAACACCCACAUCAAGCGCAAGCUCUUGAGCAGCGGCCUCGAUCCUCAGACUCACCGGCCCAUCGACGGCGCCGCCAAGCCCCAAGUUUCCAUCUUGGAGACGACCGAGGAGGCGAGCAACAGUGCCACCAACCCGGAAGUCAACCUCGACCUCUCCAUCAGGCUCCCUUUCUACCCAUCCGCCCCCGCCCAGUCGUCUUCUUCCAACGAGGCCUCUGACACCAUGGCGACGUCAGCCUCUGCGGCGGCGGCGGCGGCGGAGGAAGUUCACCAGCCCUUUAGGCCGGCGGUGUGCCUCCGCCACCAUCUCGGAUUCCACAGAGACGAAACCUGCGUCUGCCAGACUGUGGCCAACUCACACACCAUUGGGAGGUGA